AUGUCAGAAUAUUUGCCCAUAUGGAAGGGAAUCGAGCUGGGUUCACGCUUCAAGGUAGAAGCUUUUCUCGGUGAAGGCAGUUUCGGCAAGGUUGCCCAAUGCCUAGAUGUCGUUACUGACACCAAGGUGGCCAUAAAAGUCACUAAAGACAAACCUCAUCUAACCAAGCAAGCUCUGGAAGAGAUUAAAAUCCUCCAAGAGCUGAGAGCUCUCGAUGCCGACAGAUGUAACCUGGUCAAGUGGGACGGAUUCUUCCUGCAUGAGCAGUUGAUCUGUCUAAGGUUCGAGCUGCUGGAUAUGAGCCUCUUUGAUUACAUGGAGCAGAGAGAUUUUCUGCCCAUGGACAUGAACCAGGUCCGUCCAGUCCUCCACCAGCUGACCACAGCACUUCUCCACCUGGAGACCCUGAAGCUAAUCCACGCCGACUUAAAACCUGACAAUGUCAUGGUGGUUGAUUGUCGGCAGGAGACGCUGAAGGUGAAGAUCAUAGAUUUUGGGCUGGCUCGCCAUGCCGCUGAUGUCAUCCCAGGAUCCUGCACCCAGGCUCUGUUGUACAGAGCUCCAGAAGUCAUGCUGGGCCUGGACUACGCAGAGCAGAUUGACAUGUGGUCACUGGGUCUGAUAACCAUGGACAUCACACUGGGCUUCCAGCUGUUCCCCGGGUCCCACCACUAUGACAUGCUGAAAUUCAUUGUGGACACGCUGGGUCCAAUACCAGAUUACCUCUUGAACUGCGGACAAUAUAGUACCCAUUUCUUUAACAUCGUGGGCACCUUCAAUGAACAAACCUGGGAACUUAAGACCCCUGAGGAGUUCGCCAGGAUUACUGGACACCAGUUUGUUGACAACAGAGAGUUUGAGCUCCAGUCUCUGGAUGUCUUGGAGGAGAUGAUGACUUUCACCGACGAGGCCGCCCGCAUCCAGAUGAGAAACCUCUUAGACCUCGUAAAACAAAUGCUGCACGUGGACAAGAAUGAAAGGAUCAUUCCAAAGAAAGUCCUGCAGCAUCCUUUCUUUGUAGAGCAGCACAGCAGCCAGGUGACAGCAGACGUGAAGUCAACGGUCGCUGAACCUGAACCAUCUUACGAGGAAAUCGAUGCUGAAAGUGUCUCAGCCUUACUGAUCGACUUCGAGCCUGAGGUCAAGACCAAAAAGAGAGGUGGUCGGGUGAAGAGGUUCUUUAAGAGAAUGAAGAAAGCGGUGGUGUCCUUCUUCCACCAUGCUGGCUAA